AUGGUACUCAAGACCAUUUACAUUGCACGCCAUGGCUACCGGGCAAAUUGGCUCCCACCACCACAUCCACCAAACCCAACAGGCGUUGAUUCAGAUCCUCCGUUGGCUGAACACGGGGUGGAUCAAGCCAAACAGUUGGCAGCAUACCUUACAGGUCUCCCUUCUACUGAAAAACCGGAAUUUAUUUUAUCAUCGCCUUUCUACCGUUGUGUACAAACAGCACAGCCAAUUGCUGAAAUGCUUUCUAUCCCAAUAGUGCUUGAAAGAGGUGUGGGUGAAUGGUAUAAGAAGGGCAGAUCUACUGUUCCGGAACCUGCCAAUUAUGAUCUCUUGACCCAAUUCUUCUCUACCUUAUCUACGAGUGAAAAUUGGGAAAGAGAUGGUCUUGGAGUUAUUCCAAACUUGGAAGGUGAAAGUGAAGAAGAAAUAUUCGAUAGAGCUCUGGAAUUUUGGCAAAAGUUUAUACCUGAGUUUGAGAAGAGAUACCCUCAAACUGAGAUUGUUUUGAUUAUGACCCAUGCUGCUACAAAAAUUGCCCUUGGAAUGUCAUUAUUAGGUCAUUCAAGUGUUCAUGAUUAUUUGGAUAAGGAUAAGAAUCGGUUAAGAGCAGGAGCUUGCUCCUUAGAUAAAUAUACUGUAGGAGAUAUGGGCCACGAUCCAAGUAAUAAGUCAUUGUGGGAGCUCAAGAUGAAUGGGAACACUGAAUUCUUAGCUAAGGGUGAAGAAAUGCACUGGAAUUUCCAACUGGGAUUUGAAGCUGGAUCUGAUGAAGAUAUUAAGGCUAGAGCUUUUGCGAAGAGUGCAACUGGAACCCCAGAGCCCAAGGAAGAUGUUGAGAUGGAGGAAUUCUAUGUGACCGUUGAUAUCCCGAUUAUCGGCGAGUCGAAGUUCUCUCAAUUCGACGAUCCAUCAAACCCGAAGUUAUUUCAAACUAAAACUUCCAAUUUGAACAAACAGUCCACAAAAUUGCAAGCACAGUCGAAUUUGCCCAAAGAUGGAUCUACUAAACCAGAUGUAGCACAUCAGCUUACUCAGGAAUUAGCAUCCCAAAAAAGAUCAAAUGUAAUCAAACCUACAUCAGAGUUUCAAGUCGCGGGUUUGGACUAUAAGCAUCCAUUAAUUAAACUUUCGAAUAAUGCUGAUAUUAAUAACUCCUCCUCAAGUUCGGUAGAUGGAAAAAUCUAUCAGGGGAAAUGGCAAAGUUUAGUUGGAUCAGACAUGGUUUUCAAUGAUUCAGGGGAAUUAAUUGGAGUAGUCAGGGAGCAUAUUCAUUGUGAUGAUACCAAUGUCCUCAUUGCAAAAGAGAGUAACAUUGCAGAGAAUGACGAUGAAAUUAUAGAAGCCGCUGGCAAGGAAGAUGAAGCUCUGACUAUUUCAGAAUUGGGUAGUAAUGCAACUUCACUUUUAAAAAAAGUGUAUGCGAUAGCAAAGAAACAAGAGGUGUAA